UUUUCCGGGGGAACCGGGGCUGGGACGGACCGGGAGGGACCGGGAGGGACCGGGAGGGCCGGAGGUGCUUUGGAGGCACAGGGAUACCGGGGGCUGGGGGGACCGAGGGGCUCUGAGGGGCACCGGGAGAGGGGGACCGCGCACGUGGGGACACCGGGGAAACAUCGGGGGGACACCGGGGGACGGAGCGAGGAGGGGCUCGGGGAGACCGGGGGGCUGGGAGGGCUCGGGAGGGAUGGGGGAGCUCCGGAGGGCUCCGCGGUGACUCGGGGGGCUCAGGGAGGCUGGGGCUGCGGGGGCUCGGGGAGUCCGGGGUCACCGGGACCUUGGGGGGGCUCGGGGGCCUGGGGACAGGGGCCGGGAUCCGGGGGUCCCCCAUCCCCGGAGACCACGGCGGUGUCCGGCCGUGACACGUCAGCACCGGAGCGAAGGUCCGGCGAUGGCCCGGGCGGGCGGAGCGGUCAGUGCCCGGCCGGGCAGCGGCCGCUGUCCGAGUGCCCGCUGACCGCUGCCCCCCGUGCCCCCCGUGCCCCCCGUGCCCCCAGGGCUGCUGAUGGCCCUGGACGUGCCGCAGGAGCGGGGGCUGGGCAACCUGGACCAGCGGUACCUGGACGGGCUGGAGGUGUGCCGCUUCCCCCUGCUGCCCUUCCUGGCGCCGCUGCCCCUGGACUGGAUGUACCUGCUCUACACCGUCAUGUUCCUGGGAGCGCUGGGCAUCAUGCUGGGUUGCUGCUACCGGCUGAGCUGCGUGGCGUUCCUGUGCCCCUACUGGUACCUGCUGCUGCUGGACAAAACCUCCUGGAACAACCACUCCUACCUCUACGGGCUGCUGGGCUUCCAGCUGGCACUGCUGGGCGCUGACCGCUACGGCUCCGUGGACGGGCUCUUCCGGCCCCAGAAGCGGAAUGCCCACGUGCCUCUGUGGAACUACACCCUGCUGCGUGCCCAGGUGUUCAUCGUGUACUUCAUCGCGGGGCUGAAGAAGCUGGACGCCGACUGGGUCGGGGGCUUCUCCAUGGGGACCCUGGCCCGGCACUGGCUCUUUGCACCCUUCAGGCUGGUGCUGUCGGAGGAGCUGACCAGCCGGCUGGUGGUGCACGGGGGGGGGCUGGUGCUCGACCUCUCCGCCGGCUUCCUGCUCUUCUUCGACGCCACGCGGCCCCUGGCCCUCGUCUUCGUCACCUACUUCCACUGCAUGAACUCCCAGCUCUUCAGCAUCGGCAUGUUCUCCUACACCAUGCUGGCCACCAACGGGCUCUUCUGCCGGCCCGAGUGGCCCCGGGGGCUCGUGGCCCGCUGCCCCCCCCGGCUGCAGGCCUGGCUGCCCAGCACAAAGCCCCCCCAGCCCAGCCCCGACUGCCACUACGGGGGCCGGAGGGGCCGGGGGGGCCUUCGGCCUCGCCAGCACUUGGCCGCAGCCUUCACCAUCCUCUACGUGCUGGAGCAGCUCUUCCUGCCCUACUCGCACUUCAUCACCCAGGGCUACAACAACUGGACCAACGGGCUCUACGGCUACUCGUGGGACAUGAUGGUGCACUCCCGCUUCCACCAGCACGUCAAGAUCACCUACAGGGACGGGCUCACCGGGGAGGUGGGCUACCUCAAACCAGGGGCGUUCACGCAGAGCCGGCGCUGGCGGGACCACGCUGACAUGCUGAAGCAGUACUCGGCCUGCCUGAGCCGGCUCCUGCCGCGCUACAACGUCAGCCAGCCCCAGAUCUACUUCGACGUCUGGGUGUCCAUCAACGAGCGCUUCCAGCAGAGGCUUGUGGACCCCCGUGUGGACCUGGUGCGUGCCCCCUGGUCCCCGUGGACCCCCACGCCGUGGCUGCUGCCCCUGCUCGUGGAUCUGUCGCCGUGGCGCCAGCGGCUGCAGGAGCUGGAGGCGCAGCUGGACGGACACACGGACACCGUGUUCAUCGCAGACUUCCCGGGCCUGCACCUGGAGAACUUCGUGAGCGAGGACCUGGGGAACACGAGCCUGAGGGUGCUGCGGGGGCAGGUGCUGGUGGAGCUGGUGGAGCAGCAGCAGAACCACUCCCUGCAGGAGGGUCAGGGGAUGCAGCUGCCGGCGGGGCAGUACCACAAGGUGCACACGGUGUCCCCCGAGCCCUCGUGCUACAUGUACCUGUACGUGAACACCACGGCGCUGGAGCUGGAGCAGAACCUGACGCGGCUGCAGGAGCUGCGGGAGCGCGUGCGCAAUGGCACCGAGCAGGCCCCGCUGCCCCCCGAGCUGCGGCCCCUGCUGGGGGAGCCCCUGCCCGCGGGGGCCCCCCUGGACCCGCUGGUGUCGCUGUUCCUGCGGCGGGAGCAGCGCCAGCAGCGCAAGGAGCGCCAGGCCGGCCUGGCCCAGCGCCUGCGCCGCUUCCUCCGCAGGAAGUUCUUCCUCUUCCGCCGCAGGUCAGUCCCGCUCCCCCUGUCCCCUCGUGUCCCCUCGUCCCCCUGGUGCCCACGGCUGUCCCCGCAGUGCCCUGAUGACGCUGAUCGCCCUGCGGAACCUGGCGCUGGGCCGCCCGGCCCCCGAGCGCCUGGCACAGGAGGUGGCCUUUGCCAGCUGGCGCGGGGAGGAGGAGGAGGCUCGGCCCGAGACCGACGGGGGGGCCCCCAGGGGUCCCGAGCUCUGAACAUCCCAAAUAAAUGCAGUUUUGUAAGCCAGAAAUCCUCCUGUGCCUCAGUUUCCCCCGGUGCCCUAGAUUCUCCCCAUAACCAUCCUCCCUUCCCCUCCAUCCCUCAGCUCCCCAGCCACAUUCCCAUCCUGGCUCCUCCAUCCCAUCUCCCCCACACCCCAGUUCCCCCAAAUCUUUCCCCCAUAGCCAUUGCCCCAGGGCUCAUUGCUGCCUUGUACUCCACUUCCCCCACACCUUUUCUCCCUCUCUCCUCCCCCAUCCCCUUUCCCUUACGCCCUAAUUUCUCCUCCAUCUGCAGUGCCUCAGUUCCCAAAAUCCCUCAGCUGCCCCUGCAGCCGUGUCCCCCACACACUCGAGGUGGCUCUGUCUAACCCAUCGCUUUUAUUGAGAUUCUUUUCUUUUUGAGUUCAUUUUUGGAUUCAGUGGAUCAAAACAUUCGGACGAAACCUCCCGAAAAUAGUAAAACCAAGAAGAAAAAAAAUAUAUAUCCUCAAGGGCAGGAGAAAGCCCCCCCUGCCCCCCCCCAAGGCACUCUGGGGGCCGGAGCCCGGGCGGGCAGUAAACAAGCCGGCUUCUCUGUACCACACCGGCCACCAGCGCCACGCCCGGGCACCCCUGGCGCUCCAACAAACCCAAUCCCGCCCCGUUUCACCCCAAAUCGCGGGGGGCUGGGGGGAGGGCGGGGGGAGGGGAAGGGGGGGCUUUCAGGGAUCAGGAGCUGCCGGCUGAGCGCGGGGACUUCUCUGUACUCACGCCCCCGCCUCGGCGCACAAUAAAUACACCAAACCUUCAAGUAUCAAGCGCCAAAUGCCCCCCCUUUCCCCCCAAAUCCGGACAAAGUUGGGGGGUGGAGGGGUUGUGCAGUUGGGGAGUUGCUUCAGCUUUUGGAUUAAAACCACAAAAAAAAAAGAAAAAUAAAAGAAUGUAAAAUGUU